ACAGAGGGCGAGCUGGCACGCACCUAGACCGCGGCAAGCGGACGGAGGGCGGGGCUGAGCGCUGGGCUCGGCUGGCCUCGGUUGGCCUCGGCUGCGCUCGGCAGGCUGCGGUAAAUCUGGGCUUGCGGUGGCUGGCAGAGGCUACGGCCCGGUGGUCCCCGCUUCGCGCCGGGAGCCCCGAGAGCCAUGCAAAUGUCCUACGCCAUCCGAUGCGCCUUCUACCAGCUGCUGCUGGCCGCUCUCAUGUUGGUGGCAAUGCUGCAGCUGCUCUACCUAUCGCUGCUCUCGGGACUGCACGGGCAGGAGGAGCAGGAACAGUAUUUCGAGUUCUUCCCGCCGUCCCCUCGAUCCGUGGACCAGGUAAAGUCUCAACUCCGCACCGCGCUGGCCUCCGGAGGCGUUCUGGAUGCCAGCGGCGAUUAUCGCGUCUACAGGGGUCUACUGAAGACCACCAUGGACCCCAACGAUGUCAUCUUAGCCACGCAUGCCAGCGUGGACAACCUGCUGCACCUGUCCGGACUUCUGGAGCGCUGGGAGGGCCCACUGUCCGUAUCAGUGUUCGCGGCCACCAGAGAGGAGGCACAGCUGGCCACGGUGCUGGCCUACGCGCUGAGUAGCCACUGCCCUGAGAUGCGUGCCAGGGUCGCCAUGCACCUCGUGUGCCCCUCGCGUUAUGAGGCCGCUGUGCCCGACCCCCGGGAGCCUGGGGAGUUUGCCCUGCUGCGGUCAUGCCAGGAGGUCUUUGACAAGCUAGCCAGGGUGGCCCAGCCCGGGAUUAAUUAUGCACUGGGCACCAACAUCUCCUACCCCAAUAACCUGUUACGGAAUCUGGCUCGAGAAGAGGCCAACUAUGCCCUGGUGAUUGAUGUGGACAUGGUGCCCAGCGAGGGGCUGUGGAGAGGCCUGAGGGAAAUGUUGGAUCAAAGUAACCACUGGGAUGGCAUGGCCCUGGUGGUGCCUGCGUUUGAAAUCCGCCGAGCACGCCGGAUGCCGAUGAACAAGAACGAGCUAGUGAAGCUCUAUCAGGUGGGCGAAGUCCGGCCCUUCUAUUAUGGGCUGUGCACGCCUUGCCAUGCGCCCACCAACUACUCCCGCUGGGUCAACCUGCCAGAAGAAAGCUUGCUGAGACCUGCCUACGUGGUGCCCUGGCGGGACCCCUGGGAACCAUUUUAUGUGGCCGGAGGAAAGGUGCCCACCUUUGAUGAGCGCUUUCGGCAGUACGGCUUCAAUCGAAUCAGCCAGGCCUGUGAGCUGCACGUGGCAGGAUUUAAUUUUGAGGUGCUGAACGAAGGUUUUCUGGUUCAUAAGGGCUUCAAAGAAGCAUUGAAGUUCCAUCCCCAAAAGGAGGCUGAAAACCAGCGCAAUAAGAUCCUUUACCGCCAGUUCAAACAAGAGUUGAAGGCUAAGUACCCCAACUCUCCCCAUCGAUGCUGAGUUCUUUCUUCCCCUGGUCUGAGAAUUUUCAGCACCUGGCUCCUCAGGCCUGACUGGGGUAAGAAACAUCCCUCCACUUUACAGAGGUAGCUGUGGUUUUGAAACACUGGACUUGACUAUGGGGUGCUGGGAUCAAGUCUUAGCUUUACCACUAACUAGCUGUGUGGCCUUGAACAAAUCCUGUUACCUCUCUGAGCCUCCAUUACCCCGUCUGUAAAAAGGGAGGUGAAAAUACCUACCUCACAGAACUGUUGGCUCAGAUGAGAGGCUGUAUGUGAAAACAUCCUGUAAGCUUCGUACAAAUGUGAAGUAUUAUUAAUAUUAUUACAGUGUUACUAUUGUUAUUAUUAUAUUGUUAUUAUUAACAAUGUUGGGUGGAUAGCAGCAGAGCAAAAAGUAUGAAUGGAAUAAAUCUGAGAAUCCUGAGUACUUAAUAAAAUGAGCCUUUUGGAAAGAAAGAUGAAAACAUAGAAUGUAGCGCUCAGACUGGGUAGAUUGUAAGCUUCCUGGUUCUCUCAAGCCUUCGCCCUCCGAGCUCCCUAAAGGAGGGAAGGGUCUGUGGGUCCCGGGGGUUAAAGUCUCAGCUCUUGUCCUCCGGUAGGUUGGGCUGUGCAUUUGCCUUCGAAUGACAGUGUGUAAAUAAACGAGUGUUCAGACCCA